AUGCAAGUGCGUUAUAGUAUUUUCAAGUACAAGAAGCUCAAUUUGACGGCGUCACCAUAUCGGCUCCUCUUUAACGCAGGACAAAGACACCGUUACUUGAUUGAGAAACUGAAACGGUACGAUGUCGCUAAAGCGGAGGGACCUGAGGUUAGACCCCAUGAGAUCACCGGAGAAGAGCGUUUCUACCUGAAGAAGAUGGGUCAGAAAAGGUCUAACUACGUGCCGAUUGGGAGGAGAGGAGUGUUCGGUGGCGUGAUUCUAAACAUGCAUUUGCACUGGAAGAAGCAUGAGACGGUUAAGGUUAUCUGCAAUAACAGUAAGGCGGGACAAGUGCAACAGUACGCGGAGGAGCUUGCUGAACUGAGUGGUGGUGUGCCUGUUAACAUAGUCGGCGAUGAUACGAGCAUAUUUUAUAGAGGGAAAGGUUACGUUCAGCCAAAUGUUAUGUCUCCUAUCGAUACAUUGUCGAAGAAAAGGGCAUAUGAAAAAUCAAAGUACGAACAAUCUCUUGAGUCGGUGAAACACUUCAUAGCAGUUGCAGAGAAGGAAAUUGAACUAUACUACAGGCAUGUUGCUCUUUAG